CUAUGUUAAACACAACUUCUCUUUAUCUGCAAAGUAAAACUGUUUGAUUAUCUGUGGAUCAGAGUGCAGCAGGCUGGAUGUGACGAUGGGGCACUCUUUGCUCUGCAUGAUGGGCUUUUUCUUGCUCAGUACUGUCAUCUGUGGAAAUGCUGAAGCUCCUCCUAAGCUCACUGUGUUCCUGCAACCAUCCUGGACUCAGAUAUACAGCGGUGAGACAGUCACUGUCAGAUGUGAGAUUCAGGGAGGUGAAGGAGCUCAGUGGACGUAUGAAUGGAGACGAGGCCAGGUAAUCAUACGUGAAACAUCCAGUGAAUACAGAAUCAUCAGCGCUACUCAGUCUGAUACUGGAGAAUACAGCUGCCGGGGCACAGAAGGUUUUACCUGGACCGAGUCGAGUAAUGUCAUCACAUUGACUGUAUUAUCUCCUCCUAAGCCAACUGUGUUCCUGCAACACAACUGGCCUCAGAUAUACAGCAGUGAGAUAAACAGCGGUGAGACAGUCACUGUCAGAUGUGAGAUUUAUGGAGGUAAAGGAGCUCAGUGGACGUAUGAAUGGAGUCCAGCCAAGUUAAACACACCUCCAACAUCCAGAGAAUACACAAUCAGCAGAGCUACUGAGUCUGAUGCUGGAGGAUACAGCUGCCGGGGCACAAGAAGCUCUUCCUGGACAGAGUGGAGUAAUAUCAUCACACUGAAUGUAAAACCUACACUCAGACAAAACUGUAACGUUGUCAUUGAAUCUCCUGAACACAUGCUGCCACCAGCUGAUCUCUGCUGGAAGAUUUCAAGACAACAACAACAAAAAUUCAGAAGUGAAAGAAAAAUACAGUUUUGUCUCCUUGUCACAAGACAAAAGCAGUCAUAUAUUUAUCUUUUUAGGAAAUAAUUCAAAAAGAAUAAUAAAAAAUGUUUCAUCAUUUAAAGACAAAGACACUAUUUUACAUGUCUUAUGUCCUCACACCUGGAUUCAGAGGAACCACAGAGACCACGUUAAUAUUGCAAA